AUGUGUGAAGUUCUUGCAGUCAAGAUGUUUGUGAAUAAAAUAAAAACGAAAAUGAAUAUAUUUAAGGUGCUAGUGCGAAACAUGAGCCAAGAGAAGAAAUGGGAGCCUUUAAAGAAAGUGGGCAUCAUUGGUGUGCCUUUUGAGAAGGGCCAGAAGAAAUAUGGCGUCAGCGUGGCACCCGCGGCCCUACGGUAUGCCGGUCUCAUUCAGCAGCUAAGUGAAAUCGAUGGGCUCGACGUGAAAGACUAUGGCGACAUAGAAACGCCAGGGAUCGAAGAAGUGAAAAUGGAGAAUAUGGCACAUUUGGCGCUGGUGUCAGCCUGCAACAAAAAACUUUCAGAACGUGUCUCUCAAGUUCUCAGAGAUGACCGAGUCGUUGUCACCAUUGGGGGCGACCACUCCAUUGGAGUCGGCACAGUGGACGGCCACUACCAAGUGAACAACGACAUGAUCCUGAUCUGGGUGGACGCUCAUGCCGAUAUCAACACAAAUAAAACUUCGGAUUCUGGAUCUGUACACGGAAUGCCAGUCGCUCUUCUAGUCAAAGAAUUCAACAAUUAUUGGCCUUAUCUACCAACAAUGGACUGGCAGGAACCCUUAUUCUCCAUAAAGAGCUUAGGAUACAUAGGCUUGCGAUCCGUGGACCAUUACGAGAGGCUAGCUAUUGAAAAAUACAACGUACCCACAUUUGCUAUGGAAGACGUUGAAGAACAUGGAAUCAAGAAUUCAAUAGAGCACGUGUUGAAUAAAUUGGAUCCUGAAAACAAGCGGCCUAUCCACGUUAGCUUCGAUAUUGAUGCUUUGGAUGCAUUGGAAGCACCCAGCACUGGCACUCCAGUUCGUGGUGGCCUAUCCCUUCGCGAGGCUAUCAAUCUCAUGGAGAUAGUAUACGCAACCGGCCGUCUGCGAGCUGUGGACCUCGUAGAGAUCAACCCUGCCCUUGGCAACGAAAAUGACAGGAAGCAAACCAUCGAGGCGGGACUGUGCGUGCUGAAGGCAGCGCUAGGCUUCUCGAGACGCGGCACCGCCCCUCGUGGAGUGAAGGACCUGCCCAUACAAGACCAUGCUCAUUAA